ACCAGAGCACCCCGCAAAAGUAGGAGGAUGAAACAUUAUGAAACUACGUUUUGGUGAGUUUCAGACAAUGGCAUUUGUGCUGUCUUGAUACGAAGACUCCCCAUGCAACUGCUCCAUGCAUCAGCCAAUGCCGGUGACAAAACAUGGCGCAAGCAGAACUUCGCCUUGACGGACUUGGCAUCCGCAAAAUUGUGGAGAUUCCUCCUGGCAUCAAGGUGCUUUCAAUCAGCAGCAAUCGUUUGAGAAGCCUGGGAUCGAUCGUGGAGUGCUUGACGCUUCAGGAGGUCAACCUUGCAGCGAACAAGUUGGACGAGGGUGCACUGGCACCGUUGGCAGCCUUGCCAGCUCUUCGUAGCCUGAACGUUUCAAGGAACAACAUCCGGGACCUGUCACCAUUGGUGUUGGCUCCACCUGCAUUGGCCACGCAGGGCCAACCUUUCCCUGCCCUGGAGGAGCUGAAUGUCUCUUCGAACCCAUUGAGCGAUGUGACCGCUUCAAUGUCACUAAGAAUGUUGCGAGUCCUGACCGGAGCCGGCCUUGCUGUGACCACUCUCAGAUGCAUCCACUGCAGCCUGGAGGUGAUUGAUUUGAGAGGCUGCUGUUUGCAGUCGAUUUCUGGACUUCAGGCCUUGCCAUACCUGUCUGAGUUGAUCCUUGAUGGGAAUGCAUUGCUGAGCUGCAAGGACGUUCUGGUACAUCCUGCACUGCAGGCUCUUCGCAUAGCGCACAAUGUCAUAAGCGAGGUUUCUUCGGUACAGCUACCGUCACUUACAGAGCUUGAUUUGGCCUCCAACAGUCUGUCCCAGGUGUUGAAUCUUGCUGGUGCUCCACGGUUAACUUCCUUGGUGCUGCGCACAAACCAAAUGACCUCACUUGGCACCUCUGAGCAAUGAUUUGUUCCUUGUAUCUUGACAUUCACCGGAUUCGUGUCUUUGAGUCUUGCACAGUCGUGCCAGCUCAGCUUUCAGCUUUGCGGAGCCUCACCUUCCUGGAUGCUUCACACAACCAAAUCCGUGCACUUGAGACAGCCUCUCAGUAUCCUUUGGCGUGCUUGAAAAGAAAUGCCUCGAGAUAUGAGGCCAUCACUAUGCUGGAGCCUUUGUCCAUUGCGAGUCCUGCUCUUGAAUGGUAAUCAGAUCUAUGACGUGGAGGA